UCUAUAAAAAAACCAUUUGAUUUCUAUUUCAUUACCAUUGGAGUGGGGUACCCCUCCAGCGGGGGGUGGCACAGGCGGGUAUUUACCACCAUUUGCGUAGCUUAGUCAGUAGGGGUGGAGCCUUCGGGCGUUGUCGUAGGUAACAGGUUGAAACCAUACCAGCUUCUGUCUGUCAGAGAUGCAGCAAGUCAAGGACGAACUAUCCAUAUGGCUGGGGAACUGGGAGGGGCGAGGGUGGGUGCACACCCUGGAGGGGCGAGAGUGGCUGCAAACCCCGAGGGGGCGAGAGUGGCUGCGGACCUGGGAUGGGAACGACUGGCUAAAGACCCGGAUGGGGCGAGAUAUGUUGCAGAGUCAGAUCAGGAGAGAGUGGCUGCGAACCCAAGGCGGGCAAGACUGGCUGUCAAUGUACACCCAGGAUGAGCGAGAUACGCCAUUUAUACCGCAGCCACCGAGUCGAGGGUCGCUGGAUAACCAGGGCAGGCAGGUGUGGCCGCAUACCCAGGGCGAGGGUUAUAUGCCGCGCAUGGGAGAUAUACCGGAGCCACAAAGUAGAGAGUGGUCGGAUACGCAGGGAGAUUGGAUGCAGCCUGGGAGCUGGCGAGACUGGCUUCGCAGUGGAGAGUGGUUGCAGACCCCGGCUGGGCAACUUUGGAUACAGAUCCAGGGGGGAAACUGGUUACAGAUUCAGAGUGGACAAGAGUGGCUGCGGACCCAGUGCGGGAGAGACUGGCUGCAGACCCAGAGUGGAGAAGACUGGCUGCAGUCACAGGACGGGAGACUCUGGCGGCAGACCCAAGGCGGCAGAGAUGUGCUACAGACCCAAGACCGCCUAGACUCCACCCUGGAUACUCCCAGCGGUCGAGAAUAUCUCAAGCACCAGAGACCGGGCGGGUGGCUUUAUUCCCAAGGCGGCGAAUGGCUGCAGACCCAGGGUGGGCGAGAUUGGCUACAGACGCUUGAUGGUCAAGCAUAUCAGUCGACUUGUGUAGACCGUCUCAGCUUUUUCGCCCCUCCGACUUUUCGACUCGAAAUUUUCGCCUCAUGUGACUCCAUUUUGCCCCAAACGGGCCAAACCCUACCUUUUGUAAUCGAUGAUGACGUCACUGUUCGAGCCAUCUUUUUAUUUUAUAUUUUCAAAUCCUUGAUUAAUUAAUCGCCUUGAAGUGCUCUACCUUGUCUGGUGGAUAUUGAAUUCCCCCUUCCCGUACGACAUGCAAGAUACUGAGCACAGGAUUUCGGCCCUUGAUACA